AUGGGCUUCUGGGACAACAACGAAGACAACUACCAGAAGGUAUACGAGAACGACAACUUCGAGGAGAACAAGUCUAGCUUGGGACAUGAGGUGAUCGCUGGAGGAGCUGCCUUCGCUGGGUUCAAGGCUUUUGAGGACCAUCAGCGCAAGGAGGGCAAGCCCGUAUCCCACCAAUUCGCUAAAGAGCUACUGGCUGGCUUCGCAGGUGCCGAGGUCGACAAGCUUGCUGAGACAAAGGGCGAGGACUGGUUCGACCGCGAGAAGGCGAAGCGAAGCGCGGAACAACACGCCGAGCGCAUGUACGACGAGCACUACAUCGAGAACCAGGAGGCCGACCAGUACAACCCCCAGCAAUAUGGUCGCCCAGAGAGGUUCGAGCGACGCGGAUGGUAG